CCUUGUUUAGUUGGGUGCAGUUUGAAUGCUCUUUCACUCGGCACAAGAUGUUGAAGACUUUGGGAUUACUGGCAGUUUUACUCGUUCCACUUCCAUCGCUUACCAAAGCCGAAUGUGGAAAGCGCGUCGCUCAGUCGUCCCGCGUGGUAAACGGUGAAGAAGCCACACCCAAUUCGUGGCCGUGGCAGAUUUCUCUCCGCUACCGAGAUUACCCAGACGUCAAUGCUUACGGUCACAUUUGUGGAGGAUCACUAAUUGAGAAUGACUUGGUUUUGACAGCCGCUCACUGUGUAGAGUUUCAGCCCGAUCCUGCUGUAUUUAAAGUCAUUGUUGGUUCCCAUUACCGUGAGGGUUCUAACUCAUCGGCGUCGGUUCAAGAAACAAUCAAUGUGAUAAAAGUUACAUAUCACAGCGAGUACAGCAGUAACACACUGAAACAUGACGUUGCAUUGUUAGAACUUGAGACGCCGAUCACACCAAGUGACGAGGUCAACACAGUCUGUCUUCCGGAAAAUAGCCAAGAUCAGAUUUCGCCAGGAACAGACUGUUUUAUCACUGGGUGGGGACGUACAAUCGGUGGGGGAGAUGCAGCGGAUGUAUUGCAACAAGCAGUGCUUCCAGUGGCGGAUCACACAACAUGCCGCAGAAAAAUGCAACCUGUGUCAAAAGUCUACAAAGGACCAAUGUUGUGUGCUGGGGGCCAGGGCAAAGGAGGUUGUCAGGGAGAUAGUGGAGGACCUCUUGUUUGUGAAGAAAAUGGCAAGUGGGUUUUGCGAGGUGUAGUCAGCUGGGGAACAUACAUGUGUCUCACAGAGUACUACACUGUGUUUGCUCGUGUGUCCAACUACGUGAAUUGGAUAGAGACAAACAAGAUGUCGUAAUUGAUAGAAGAUAACAUCGAAGGUCUUCAGGAGCUUUCAGAACUACCUAGUGAGGACAUGGACCUAGAAGACAACAAAAGAGGAAAUAACAAGGGAGACAUAAAUUGGGGGAGCUCUUAAUUAUCUCACAAGAACAAAAAGAAAAAUGAAACUUAAUCAACUUAAAUUGAAUAAACUGGGGUUAUUGGCAAUAAUG